AUGUAUGUAAAAUGGUUUGAUACAGCAAUGUUUUACUAUGUGAUUUUAGUGUAUUUAGUGAAUGUCACUUUUUGUCAUUUUCAAAUUUCCUGCCAGUUCCGUCCCCCGUACGUCCCGACAUCGCAGGGGAUGGAACCCCGAAUACAGAUGCUGGCAUCCGCCGGAGGACAUUACAGGGGACACUGCAGGAGGGACAUUGUGGGAGCGCAGGACAAGGUAAGAGAAGAACAGAUCCCGGAAGAGUGCCCUAUGGUAAGCCCGAGUGUAGCUCGGGGUUACCACUUUUGCUACACUCUGGAAAACCGCCAGGGAGGU